GAAUAUGUUGGCUAAAACCCCAUCUUCCUCGUCGACUUCUUCCACGACAUGUCGAUAAUAGAACUUCACCCCCAAUUCCUCUUCUCUCAAAACCCCAUCCCAAAACCCUUCCAAAACCCUACCUUCAAUCUCAGAAUCAAACCAUUAACAUCAAUCGCCCAAUUUUCUCAGCAACCAAACACCCUCCCAGACCGAGGCCUCAUUUUCCGGGAAAAAUCACUCUACCUCCACAAACUCAACAUCAACCCAGAAAAAGCAUUCCGACAGAAUCCCACCCUCCGAACUUGCCCCCUCACCACCCUCAAAUCCGUGGAACGAUGCCUCUCUUCAAUGGGUAUUCCCCGCACCGCCAUGGGUCGCAUCCUCGACAUGCUUCCUCAGCUUCUCACACGCGACCCUCACAGGGACCUCUACCCCAUCCUCGAUUUCCUCCUCCAUGAGGUUCGAAUCCCUUACCCCGAUGUUCAGAAAUCGAUUUUACGAUGCCCCAGAUUGCUGGUUUCAAGCGUGGAGGAGCGUUUAAGACCCUCGCUUUGUUUUCUUAGGGAGUUAGGGUUUGUUGGGCCGCAUUCGCUUACUUGCCAGACGACUUUGCUUCUGGUUUCAAGUGUUGAGGAUACCCUUUUGCCUAAAGUUGAGUUCUUGAGAGGUUUGGGGUUCACUCGUUUGGAGGUUUCGAAUAUGAUUGUUAGAUCGCCUGCUUUGUUGACAUUGAGUGUGGUGAAUAAUUUGGCGCCGAAGGUGGAGUUUUUCUUGAAGGAGAUGAAUGGGGAUGUUGCUGAGCUUAAGAGGUUUCCUCAGUAUUUCUCUUUUAGCUUGGAAGGGAGGAUUAAGCCACGCCACGCGUUGUUGGUUCGGCAUGGUGUGUCUCUCUCUUUGCAGCAAAUGUUGCAGGUCAGUGAUGGCGGGUUGGAAGAUAGGUUGUUUGAAAUGCGGUUGCGCGGGCUUGUGGGAAGACAAAGUUUCUCAUUUUCCCUGCAGCCACAGUCCUCCAACUGUGCCGGCGAGUCUGUCACUGUCACCACCCGAGCCUCGCCUUGCCAUAAUCAACCCCAGACCUGCUUCAUUUCUUCCUCAGAGGUCACCUCCCAUGACUGUGACAUUAUAAAGUGCAAGAGCUCUCAAUGAUUCAUUCAAAAAUUGUUUGUAGAUGAAGACCUCAUGAUCCUCCUGUACUUGUGAAUGAUGGGAGAGACUUAUAUGGCGUGUUCCAACUAUACUGGGUCUGUGCAUGAAAGCUGUGCCGUUGUGCCUACAUAUAGAUGUUGCCACCUGAAUCUCAAGUCUACGAGUCUACCUCUCCUAUUUUUACAGACGCCGUAGUAGAUUUUGAAGUCUUAAAGCAUGUAAUCUUUGUUUAACACUCUUCCCCUGUGGUCUGAUCCUUUUAAUACUUUUCCAGUUUGUGUGUGUGUGUGUGUUGUUUCUAGGUUUUUUUACCAAAAGCUAGGGGAGAUGGCCCAUUAAUGUCAGAUGGAAGAUUUUUUUUUUUUUUUGAUAGGCAUGUCAGAUGGAAGAUGAUAAUGAAAAUUGGAUAUCUUAUUGUGCAACUUGAGAUAUUCUGACAUUCUGUUGGUUACUCAUAUUCAUACUGGUAUAAUUUGUGUUAAGCAUAAUGGUGAUGCUUUGCCAAACAUCAUUUGCUGCCGAAUCAUUAUAGACAGGCUUUGUCAUUUUUUGAAGUAUUUUUAUAUCAGUUUCAUGAUGAAUGAAAGGUUUUUGAUGUUUUCAUAUUGUUGUGUUUUGCUUAGAUGUUUAUUUUCUUUUGGUGAUAUGAUGGGAUAGACGCAUCACAAUAGAGUGGGCUUAAAAGGAGUUAUUAAUCAUAUGCGUUCAAUUACUUCCUAAGAUAUUCUUGUUUUUUGUGAGAAAUAACUUAUAAUUCAAGGGCAACUUGGUGGACCCUUGUUUUCUUGAUACUGGUAUGUCAAUUGGUUUCAAUAUAUUUUGGGUGCCCACUAGGGUGGACAGUGGACACUUUCAUUAUUGGUCCACCGGUGGACUAAGGUUUAUAUUAGUAAUUUACACUGGAUUAAAACAUAUUUAAAAAAUCCCAAAAUGACCUCUCUGAUUUCUCUCUCUCUUUCCAUCAACAACCAAUCUCUUGACCCUCCCCCGCAAUCUGAAUCUGAAAUUCAUCCCCUACUAAUUCUAUAACUUAAAAAUCAACAGAAGGAAGAAAGAAAUUAAAUCUCUUCAAACGCCUUCUGUGCAUCAACCACCUUGUUUUUUUUAUAAGGAAUGAUUCCAGAACCCAAUUACAAAAAGACUGAAAAGAGUAACAAAGAAAUUAAAAUUACAGCAAACUUAGACAAAAGAUAAGCAAACUAAGACAAAAGAUAAGGGAAGAAAAUAAAACAAA